AUGCAGGAAUUCGAUCGGAUUGGAAGCCAUGGGGGGGGGGGGGGGGGGAUUCAAUCGAUCUCAAAUCGUUGGCCACUUGUGGCGGCUAUCCACCACAGUUACAAUGAAAUCCAAGUGGACGUCAACGACAACGAAGAAGAAGAAGAAGAGGAAGAAGACAGGCUGAGCGCACUCCCUGAUGACAUCCUGCUAGACAUCUUGGAACGCCUGCCUCUGCACUCCGCCGUCCGCACGAGCACCCUGUCCCGGCGAUGGAGGCGCCUCCCUCUCCUGCUCUCGCACCUCGACAUCGACAUCGCCGAGUUCAGGAGGCGCUCCUUCGACCGCGGCGUGCGGGGCUGGAUGGCGUCCUACACCGAAGCAACCAUGAGGCUGCUGGCCCCAACCAGCGAGCGCGCCGUCAGGCUCCUCCGCCUCGCCUUCUUCCUCUGCGCGGACCUGUCCUGCCUGCGCUCCAUCGGCCACGCCGUCGCUACGGCCGCCGCCGGGAGCGGCCGCUCCGAGCCAUCCGCCGUCGACCUCACGCUGUGGACGGAACCGAGGCGCAGCAGGUGCAUCGAAGAGCACGCGGCGCUCUACGGCCGGCGCUUCGCGUCCUUCCUGGCCGCUUGCCCCAGCGCGUUCGGCUGCCUCACGGGCCUCACCCUGCGCAGCCUGAAGCUCGCCGACCCCGAGGUCCGGGACAUCCUGAGCACCUGCGCGAGGCUCCGCGAGCUCUGCCUCAAGUACUGUGGCCAGCCGACGACCGUCGCCGAGAGGCUCGUGCUCAGGAUCGACGCGCCGAGCUCGCGGCUCGUGACCCUGAGGAUUGUCGGGUGCUUUUUCUCGGGGAUCGAGUUGGUCUGCGUCCCACGGUUGGCGCGGCUCGUCGUUGAGACCUGGCUGGGCGACGACGACCCGCCGCUGCGGUUUGGCCAUGUUCCCUGGCUUCACCACAUACGUUUCGCGUCCGCUCUCCUGUCUUAUCAGGAACCCUUCGCACUCAGUAACUGGCUAGCUAACACCACAAGCAUUUCAGUUCUUGAUCUCGAUUUCAAGGGCGAGAUGGUUUGGAUUCAACUGGAGGAUGCUAAAUUCCUUGCUCCUAUAUUCAGUAAUCUAAAGGAGUUACAUUUACAAGAGAUUUUUCCUGGCUGUGACCUUAAGUGGACUUUGUUGUAUCUAGAAGCCGCACCUUUCCUCAACAGCUUGUAUGCCAAGAUAUCACGGCACAUAUGUGGGCUGAACAGGCUUCAGUGCAUUGCUGAGAAGACCAACCUGCUCCGUGAAGCGCGGGAUUUCAAGCACCACAGCCUUAACUAUGUGGAGAUCCAAGGUUUCCAGCCGGAACAGACACUGAUAAGCUACACGAGGCUUGUCAUGGGACGAGCUGUGAACCUGAAAAGGAUUCGUCUGCGUUGCAAGGACGAGUGCGAACGCUGCGACCGAGUGAGAGAGCGGGCUGGAGCUCCAAUGAGAUCUGCGUGGAGCGAGGAGGAGAAGAAUCUUGUAAGGGCGCAGAUCGUCCAUGGAUUCUCACCCUCGUCCAUAGAACUGAUCAUGGAUGACAUGGAUUUGGUUUGUAUCGACAAUUGGUUUCUUGUAGAGAUUUAGUUCCAACAAUUUUUUUCAAUGAGGUGCCAAGCUCCUCAUGGGCUCAUGGUAGUAUCAGUUUUAGCCAUGAGUUGCUGUAGAGGAAAAAUAUAGAAUGAGUAGCGACAUGGAUGUUCUUUUAACAACGUGACACGCAUUCUUUCUA